AUGGACCGCAUGCGUUCCGUCACAGUGCUGCUAUGCAGAGGUUUGCUUCUCUGCUUCCCCAGGCAUAUAAAGAGUUUGUGUCCCACAACUGCAGAUUACUCCUCACGUGUGAGGAAGUGA